AUAAAAACAAAACAAAAAAACAAAGAAUUAAAAUACUUUGAGUGUUUGUGCUGCAAAACAUUUCUGAAGUUUAACAACCUAAAAUGCUGCAAUUUUUAAUGUUCAAAAUAUUGCACAAGAAAUACAAAAUCAAUUGAGUGCACGCCCAGAAAAGUGUCACUGAGAGACAGCAGAACAAUACGAAAAGCCAAGUCAGAGCAGGACAAAAGUCCCAAAUUGAAAAUCCAAACCAAACUCCGAAGCACCACACAACAAAUUUACGAACUAAACCGGCCCAUACACAAAUAUUCACACACACACCCACACCCACGCACUCACACACACGCACACACAUAAUGGCCGUGCCCUUUUAUCUGCCCGAGGGCGGCACCGAUGACAUUGCCUCGAGCUCAUCGGGCACCUCGGGCGUCUCCUCCUCCUCGUCGGCAUCCUCCUCGUCAGGCGCAUCCUCAUCAUCGGGCGUCUCCUCCUCGUCGGGCGCAUCGGAUGGCGCCAGCAGCGUCGCCUCACAGUCACCCAACACAACCACCUCGGCCACGCAGACGCCGAUGCAGUCGCCGCUACCAAUGCAAACGGACCAGGUGCUAAUCGCCCUCUGCGAAUGGUAUCAGCAGCACCAGCGACAUUACAUCAGUCAGGCGAAUACCUCGGCGCCGCAAAUCUUUCAGUAUCCGCCACCGCCCAGCCCCUCGUGCUCGAGUGCCCAGUCGCCCAGCUAUACGGGCGGGGAUGUAUUCUUUGCCCAUGGCAUUCAUGUGCCGCCGCGCACGCCUCGCACUAGCAUCAGCUUUGCCGCCGGGGAGGAGCUGAACUUCUUCCGGCAGCCAUAUCCGGCGCCGACAACGCCGCAGCCAAUGCCACCGCAACCGCCGGCGCCGCAGUCGGCGCCACCGAUGCACUACAGCCACAGCUACCCGCAGGCAUCACACUUGCUGCAACAUCAUCCGGCCUCCUACGUGCACCCGCUGCCGGUUGGCGCCUACUAUGCCACCUAUACGCCGCCACCCACGCCGAACACUGCGAAUGCCUCCACCUCGACCUCGGCGGCUGCAUCGCAUGCGUCUUUUGGCCGGCACGGUCAUGGCCCGGCCAUGGCAUCGACACCAUUGGCGCCAACUGGUCCCAAGAUGCGUCUGCAGCGCAGCCAAUCGGAUGCAGCCAGACGCAAGCGGCUGACCUCGACGGGCGAGGAUGAGCGCGAGUAUCAGAGCGAUCAUGAGACCAGCUGGGAUGAGUUUGACGAUCGCUAUGACAAUUUUACGGCCGGACGCGAACGGCUGCAGGAGUUCAGCGGACGCAUACCGCCGCGCAAGAAGAAGACCAACAAUCCGGGCAACACCAACAAUACGCAUCUCUGCGGCGGCGGCGACAAUGCCAACGAAAACGGCUACAUCCCACAGCGCGAGCGAACGGGCAAGGAGAAGAAACAGCAAAGCUUCACUUGGCCAACAGUUGUCACCGUUUUUGUGCUUGCCAUGGGCUGUGGCUUUUUUGCAGCGCGAUGAGUGCCAAACAGCAACAACAACAACAACAACAACAGCAAGAACAACAAUAAAAACCAUAAAUAACCAUAUAUACUUAAUCCAUAGUGAAAUCAGCUUACGUAUUUUAUUCCCGUAUACAUAUAUACAUAUAUAUAUACAAAAACAGUGAAGAUCUUGCUGAUCUAGAGGAAAACGAAUCUUGAAUGUGUAUAAAGUUAAGGAGGUUGACGGGACACAAGAACAAUAUAAAUGUAUAUGUAUUUGUAUUCGUACUCAUAUAUUCAUAUUUCUCUCUCAAAUGAUAAACUAUCCUUUAAGACAACAAAACAUGCAACAACAAUUCAAACUGCUCAAUUGUAAUCUGUAGACUGGCUAAAGACUAAAAACCACAAAUGAACGAUAAAUAUUUUUGCUAACAUAAAUAUACGAGUAAAAAUAUUUAAUACAUAUUUUUUGGUAACGCUUUUUCGAUAAAAAAAAAACAAAAACAAAAAAUAAACUCGAGCAUAUUUUUGUAAACUCUAUAAGAAAAUGUCAUAAACUAUAUAUACUAAAUCUAUAUGUAAAAUUCAAGUAAAACUGUAAACUGCCAUCUUUUGAGAUACUUUUGUAGGCCGGUCUUCCAGCAAUUCAAUGUCUGAGUUUGAUUAUUUCUUGCUAUUUUGCAUUUAGCUUUGCAUUUCGUAAAAUCUAAAAAACAAAACAAAACUGUAAACUUAAAAAGAUAAAAAAAAACAGAACAAAAACAAAAAUCUUGCUUCCAAAAUAUUUUCAAUAUAUUUUAAUUGUAUUAUAUUUUUGAUUGUCAAACAACAAAUUUUCAACGUCUUCACAUUGUAAUUUCAAUUACAAGAAAAUAUAUUUCAUAAAUAUUUGUAGCAAUUACACAACUUAAUUAAAUGUUGCUUUAAAUUAGUUCAAAUCUUAAACAAAAUAUUAUUUGAACAUAAAAAGUAUUUAGCUUUAAUUGUUAUAAAUGAAAAUCACAGAAAAAAUCCCACACAAAAGAAAGAAAAAAAAAAAGAACAUUUUUGUAUAUAGUUUAUAUGCCAUUUUUGUGAUGAUUUUGUCUAUGGUUUAUUAUAAUUGUGCGCACAUGUUUUUAGUUAAAUUUGGUAGUCAGUAAGCAGCAUAUUUUCAUGAGGAUUAUUUUGUUCAUUCUUCAAAUUGGUCUCACAAUUUAGUUUUUAAGCAACAUUGUUCAAGAAGUUUGCGCAAAAUGUCCAUUGAAAUUUUCCAAAGCUUCACGACACGUUUUCAGGUUUACCUUUGCUUAACACUCAAAGCCAAGCGUUGAAUGAUCUCUUAACUGGAAAUUUAUAGAGGGCGCAACUCAAUUGAUCUCCAUAGCUAGCCAAAGUCAAAAAGUCAACACGCAGCAAAUCAAAUUUUUG